AUGGCCGAGGCACCACCCCCCACCGGGCCCAAGAAGCCGGACAUUCAACCGGGUCCUGGCCGUGGACAGGUGGCGGGUCGUGGUAUGCCGGCUGCGCCCUUGAGUUCGGCCCCAGCCGGACUUUCUGGUCCUGUGCGUGGAGUGGGUGGUCCGGCUGCCAUCCAGAUGCAGCCCAAAGCGCCUGCGGCUCUGGGCGGUGCUCCGCCUGGAAUGCCACCGGGCUUCCCAGCACGACCCCCUGGCAUGCCGGGCAUGGUGCCUCCCGGAAUGCCUGGCAUGCCACCUGGCAUGCCGCCUCCCGGAAUGCCAGGCAUGGGCAGAGGCAUGCCCCCUAUGGGACGUGGCGCCUGA